AUGGACAUCACUUUCGAGAGCUUCGCCAAACUCAUCUAUCGUCUGAGCCAUCCUCCCCAAGCUCGCUCCCGUGAAAACCGCACGUUCACUCCGGCGGACAUCUUCACUUCAUGGCUGAAUCAUUUGGACCGACCGUUACCCCCUGGUUCGGGCAAGCAUGUCCUUCGAAUCUUGUUUCCGCAUGAAGGCUGCAGGAGACGAUACGGAAUGAAAGAGAUGAAGCUUGCAUGUGAGCUGGAGAGGAUACUACGCAUCAAAGGACUGUCAAGAUGGGACUCUGCUGGUAGUCCAGGCGGUGGAAGUGGCUGUUUGGGCUUGGAGGUGCAGCGGGUCUGCAAAGAGAGGACAACCUCUAGAGUCUCCAGUCUGACACUAGCCGAAAUCGACCUCAGACUGGAUCAACUGGCGUCAUAUUCACCUUUCUCUCAGCUCGAAGUCCCUCCAUGUGAUCCGCCCUCUCAGACCGACAUCUUAUCUCAUCUGUUUCGAGAUUCCAAUCUCUCCUCAUACGCAUCGGGACUUCUUAUACAGAUCAUCUUACAGGACAUCCGACCGUUCCUUGACCCCUUGCCGAAGCUGGCCCUCCGGAACGCGACAUCUCUCUUGAGAAUGAAGUCCACUCAUGGUCCACCUCAGCUGGAUCUGCUGUCCGCCAUGAGAGCGUGGGACCCUCGUAUGGCAGACAUGUUCGUUGAUGGUAAAGGUGAUCUGGACUGGUAUUCAGAAGCACAAGCCAUAUUCAGAGCACAAUUAGGUCUUCUCAACGCACUUGCUCUUCUCGGGUUCGCCCACGCUCGUCUGAAGCCUCAGUGGGCCAGACGGUUGGAGAGAACCAAUCUGAUGAACCCUGAUUUCAUCGCCGACUCCUUACACCAUUUCUACCUCUUACAUUCUAGCUUGGAGGCAGGCAGACCUCUUCCCGUCAACACAUCGAUCCUUGAACGUCUAGUGUACCAUUCACAGUCUUCCGAUGGAACCCGCACCAACGCUUGGAAAGGUGAUUCAGAGCCGAACUUUGAGCAAAGGGAAGAAGAUCAGGCAUUGGCGGCUUUGGGCCAAAAAUUGACAUGGAAUCUAUGUCAUGAUGAGCAAAUGUCCAUUUUCGCAGCGACAACGGUGGCGAUGACCUAUGUCGCGAGUGGUUUGGAAGAGCUGACGAGGGAGAUUGCAGAUUUAGUAGGCGAGACGAGUCUGGCAGGGCUCGACAGGGCGAGAGAGAGGAGAGCGUGA